AUGCAACGACCAGUGCGACAGCGUUCUGGAUCUUUCGGUGCGGAGGACGAGCAGCCGGAGCUUUGGCUUUCGGGUUCGAAAGCAAGCCGAAAUGGCUGGGUUCGAGUGUCCGACGCAACGGAGAGGGUGUUUUAUCACAGCAUAGAGAGCGGAAAGAUCACUCUGGAACGUCCGGCGGAGUUCGGAGACGACGAUCCUGCCUGGGCCGAUGGGACGGAACUGUGUAUGUACCGGGGAAAGUGCAGUCGAUGCAAGGAAUUCAUACCAAGGAGCGAGACGGGGCCGGUUGCACUUGCCGCUGACCGCGGCCAAGUGGCGCUCUCGUUUCUUCUGUGUCGCCCUUGUCUCAACUGGCUGAUGGAGAGUGCCAAGUUGGAACGAGAAGGUCUACCUCCGUUGAGUCCGUGCCCUCCUCCUCCGCCCGCCCAGAAACCCGUGUUCGGGCGCGGCGGUGGUGGCGACGGAGGAGGUCUUGGGAAGACAGGGAAGAGUGCGGCAGCGAGCACCCCUCCCCCACGCCCUACAAGAAAACAGCUUAUGAAGGUGUACAAGGAUGUUGAUCCGAGGGGGAUGGGAGACCUCCUGUCAAGCUCACGUCUAGCCCGGAGCUACGCCAAAUGCAUGUACUCCUGCCUAAGCGAGCAAUCGCUACGACCAGGCAGGUUCGACGAUCAACGUUCGGAGUGCUUGAAAGCGAAGGCUGCAGCUGUAGUCGCGGGCGAGGGUCGUCGCCGCGCGGCCCGAGAGAUCCAGAUGAAGCUCCGCUGCAUCAGUCAACACAAGUCCAACGGCGCGGGGGACUACCUGUGCUGGUUCUCCCCAGAAGGAAGGGUUGACUACUUCGGCCAGACCAGCGGCGGCAGGGCUCACGGCUGGGGACUUGCAGAGUACCAGGACGGGUCUUGGUGCCUUAGCACCUUCUCUCACGGACAGCAGCACACACCCCCUGGAGGAAAGCUGUCAACCAUCGCGUACGGCAACGGGAUUCGGUAUCACGGGGAGAUGAAGCAAGGGAAGCCUAACGGCAUGGGGACUAAAACUUGGCCCGAUGAGUCUGAGUAUGUCGGGGAGUUUAAUUUCGGAAAAGAGCAUGGAGAAGGGACAAAGAGAUUUCCCGAUGGGUCCGAACACAGCGGGAAGUGGCGAGCUGGCAACCGCGACGGCCCUGGGGUUUUCAUCGACGCCCGCGGCCAGAAGACGGUCGGUAACUUUCGCGACGACGCCUUCGGCAAGGCGGAGGAGGAUGGGAUCGUCGCCCCGGCUAAGGCCGACAUCACGGUCGAAUCGGGGCAGCAUGACCCAGAAACUCUCCUGGAUCUGGCCAUCUCCAACCUUGCCGUCGUUACCGACAGGCAGCCGUCCCUCAACAAGGCGUCCGUCCUCAUGGCAAAGAUGCCGUUACACUUGCACCCUUUGGUGGCCGAAGCCUUCGCCUCGUCAGCACGAGCUCUUACUCCGGGUUUCCGAAGCGUUCUGCCGUCAUUCGCUUGGCGCACUCUAUCAGAGUUGGCCACGAUAGCGUGCAAGCUGAUCGGCGAAGCGGUCGGCCCGAUUGCGGACGCAAUUGCCACUUCUCAAACAUUGCAAGAAGUCGACCUUAGCUGGAACCCUAUUCGUCGAGGCGGAGCGCGGCUCAUCAUAGCUGCGCUGGAGACCUCUGCGCAUCUUCGACGUCUAAACCUGGCGGGGUGCCAACUAGGUGUUGAUGGGGGGCAGGCAAUGAUCGCGGCUAUUGGUUCUGGCCGUGACAAGUUCCGGCUGGUCGACCUUGACCUCGCAAGCAACUCCCUCGGCGCAGGUUGCGGGGAUCCGUUGGCCGUCGCGCUGCGUCGAAACAAGACCCUCACGCGGCUCAGUGUUAGAGCGAACGGCCUUGGGCCGGAAGGGGGUACUGCCCUUGCUGCUGGCCUCGCAUCAAACUGUGGGAUUCUCAAACAGGUCGUAGUGGCUGACAAUCGCCUCGGACCCCGCGUAGCGACUUUGGUCGCCGCCACCAUGCGUGGCGGGACAUCAGAGUGCUUGCGCGGCUUCGGCUAUCGACCAGCACCAGCGUUGUCGGAGCUGCAGCAGCAACCGUCCGACCAUUUACAUGCUACCGCCCCACCGUUUGAGAAGGGUGCGGACACAGAUCAAAGUAUUCCUGGUUCGCCAGGUCCAUCGCAACGGUACAGCGGAGAGAACAGUUGUGGUAGCAACCCGCGGGUUGCGGCGGCGUCGAUGAGGGAGUCAUUGUCGAGCCUUCAACGGACAUCCGCCCUAGAACCAUCCACAGCGCGUGGUAGGUUGAAUUCAACAGCCCCAACUACUACCGUGGGGGCAGCAGGAGGAACGAUGGGGCCCGGGACCAAUGACCUUGAGGUUUUGACGCGGAACAAUAGUUCUCCAAUUACCGCUACGGCGGCCAUCGAGGAAGACCUCGGUCGACCUCAAACUGCAGGAACUGCGAGUGGGUGA